AUGACGCAGCCGCUCGCGCACUACGACGAGAACAAGGCGUGCAGCCACGUGGUCGUGCGCGUGGGAGACGCGUCCACAGGUGUCCUGCACGCGGUCACGCUGGCCUCGGUCAAUGUCGUGAUUGAAGAGCUGCGCGACGAACUGGAACGUCUCAGCGGUGUUCCCACUAGCGAUCAGAUCCUGCUGUGCGGUCCGCCCUUUGCGCGCUUGGACCCACGUCGCGCUCUCGAGUCCUAUGGCUUACCAGCUGACCAGAAGGAGGUGUUUUUGUACGACCGGCGACUGCUGUCACGAGAGACUGGAGCCACGGUGUUACCCGCGGCAGCAGCAAUCACUCCAGUGGAUGUGUCAUUGCCGUCGCAGCCAGUGGCGUCGUCGGGAGGUUCCAAGCUGCUGAGUGAAAGUUCCCAUCCGAUGAUGAGGGCGUUGGCAGAGUACGAGGGCUAUUUCCAACUACAGGUCAGCCAAUGUGAGGCGCUGGAGAGCGGCAGUUUUGCGAACGUUCGUGCUAGUGAACGCGGUGCACAGGAACUGCAAGUGCAGGAGCGAGCGAUUGCUGCAGCUGUCGCGAACCUGGAUUUGUUCAAGACGUCCAUGAUGAAGCACUUUGCUCCGUUUUGGGCAGAGUUUCAAGCCGCAAGUGACAAGCACGAACGUCUUUUGAGUCAGUUUGAGAGCUAUCUGGAGGUGCUGGCUACCGUGGAGCUUCAUCCGGCGUUGGCUACUGCAGAACGGAAGGCACUGUAUGACUGCAUACCUGUUGAAAAGGAGCGUGAAUGGGCCGCGCAGUGCGAGCAGUCACACACGCACGUUCGAGGACAGGUGCUGAAGCUCCAACAAGCUCACGACGAAAUUUGCAACGAAGUCGUUGAGAUGAUGACUGCGCAUGCCGAAUCGAGUCGGGAGUAUGACGAAGCAAGUGUUGACUUGGAACAGAUGAAAGCGCUGUGUAGUAAGCAAACGAGUAUCACAAGUACCUUGCGUGGCAAUCUACAGUACGUGCUCAGCAGUAUUGAGGAGACGUCAGCGAUAGCAGUCGGAAGUAAUCUUAUGCAAGCGUCGACGAAUGCUUUAGACGUGUGUCGGCGCAUUGACAAAUUAUACCAAGGUCAGCAAAACAUGGUCCCUGAUGCUCAGAAGCUUCUCGAACAUACCGCGGAUCACGUGAACAAGAUCGCUGCUGAAAAGUCGAACGCCUUUGCGCGCGUGCACUCGACACUGCGUCAAGUCUCUAUCUUGCAGUCAAAGAUCCGAGAUUUCGAGACCUCGUUGGCGGUAUUCCGUGAAGCUUUGGCUGUCCAAAAGAAACACUUUUACGAGCUGGAACACCUGGAAAAGCUGCCUGGAUCGUAUACGGCUUGUCUGAAAGAGAUCUCGAGACGUCUGAAGUAUGGCCGUCUGUUUUCAGACCGAAUCCAGUCCAUGGCCGAAGAACUUGCACAAAUGCGUGAGGAUGAGGUACAACACCGUGAGGAGUUCUUGCGCAGCUAUGGCCAGCACCUGCCUCGUGACUUUGUUUCCGGGCUUGCAGAAAAGCCAUCGCACUGUGAGUUCCGCAUGCGUCCAUUCGACCAAAACCUUCCGAGCAUAGAAGAUGAAGACGACGACGACCUCAGUGUGUACGAAGAGAAGGAACGGUCGCCGUCAGUUGAUCUAGGUGAUCGCGAGGACCGUGGCAGUUUGUCGGACUCGACUGCCAAUGCAGACCGUGCUCUUCAGGACCGCUGCAGUGAACUGGAAGCGCGAGUAUUGAAGCUCACUGCUGAGCUGGAAGAGUCGAAGAAGAAUCUAUACUAUGGAUCUGGAAGUGAAUCAAUACCUCGCUCCGACACGUCCAAGGCCAGCGCGCGUGAAGGCGAUAGCUCGUGCGAGUUUCCGUUGGUUAUGGCAUUGGCAGCGACAGCGGGUGGCAUGACGAACUCUUCAGAAGGCGAUGGGUUGGGUCUGCGGCGCAAUAUCGAUGUCGACAAUAAAGAGGCGACAAUCGCUAAGCUGGAGAGUGAAAAUCAGCAAUUUUUGCUGAACGCGGCGGCGUUUGAAGAAUAUCCUUUGCAACUGAUUGUUUGCAUUGCCUUGUUGUUUGCUGUUGUCGACUGUACGGAGAUUCAGGAGCGAUUGAAGCGCGAGAAGCAGUUGAAGGAGACCCAGUGCCGACUUCAGCAAACGGUAACGGACCUGAGCAGCCGUGUCCGAGCCCAGCGGACAGCGUUGGCAAAGCUACUUGCGCUAUUGCAGCUUCCUGUCGUUGAGGACGAUGCUGGGGCCGUAGACGCUAGUUUUGAAGCCAUUGAAGUGCGUGUGAAGGAGCUGCUGGCCAUUGCCCAGUCAGAAGUGAUGCUGCAAACGGAGCUGGAGCAGCAGCGGUCCGACUUGCGCUUGAUGGAGUCGGAGCAGGACCUGAGCGACUCGUUUAAGAUCUCUUUUCGAAGCUUCAGCGUGAACGACCUGGCACUGUUCUUGCCGACAUCCGCCCCUGGCAGCGACGUCCAGCGGGUGUACCUGGCUUUCCAUCUCGGCUGUCCACACCGUUUCCUCUCGGAAGAGUCCAUUUCGUCUUUCAGCAAUGACGGGCAAAGGUAUCCCGAUUACGUUGUGGGUCGCAUUGUGCUCAUUGACGAGCAGACAGCUGUGGACGGCAACAAUCCCUACGCAUUGCAUCUCGGGACCACGUUUUACGUACUGACUGUCGCGAGUCUCCACGAAAGUUAG